AUGGCGUUGACGAGCUUGCCUGUGCCCUGCUGCUGUUGCUGUAUCCUGGGCUCCCUCCUGCUCGCACUCGGGGAUUUAGGCCAUUCUUCAGAAUUGACGUUCACCCUGGAGCCCAGUGAUGUUGUGGCAGUUGAGGCACAUCCCCUGAAACUGCACUGCCAAGUGGAAGGAAUGCAGCCCAUUAGCAAGUCGUGGAGGAAGAAUGGCAUGCUGUUGUCUGAUAGUGAACACAUUUCGCUGCUUGCCAAUGGGUCACUCUACAUCACAAAAUUUCAGAAGCUGAGGGAGGAUGGUUCCUCUGAUGAGGGUGAAUAUGACUGCACAGCCCAGAACCGCUUAGGAUUACUGGUCAGCCGGAAGGCAAAAGUGCAAGUUGCAACUCUGUCUCCAUUUCAUGUCCAGCCCCAGUCGAUGGUGGUGGAGGAAGGUGGUGUUGCCAGGUUUCAGUGCCAGAUUCAUGGUUUACCAGAGCCAUUGAUCAUGUGGCUGAAGAAUCGCAGGGCUCUUGAGGCGAGUGAUGACAGAUUCACCUUUCUGCCAACGGGGGUCCUUCAGAUUACACGAGUGGGUGAAGAAGACAGUGGAAUAUACCAGUGUGUGGCAGCUAACACUGCCGACACAAGGCAUAGCGAAGAGGCCAGUCUCACUGUGUCAGGAUCUCACUCAAAUGUUUAUAAGGAACCAACAAUCCUGGUUGGCCCGGAGAACCUCACCCUCACAGUGCACCAAACAGCCGUCCUGGAAUGUGUUGCGACCGGAAACCCUCGUCCGAUUGUAUCCUGGAGCCGUCUCGAUGGCAGACCUAUUGGUGUGGAGGGAAUCCAAGUGCUGGGCACAGGAAAUCUCAUGAUCUCUGAUCUAUCGGUGCAGCACUCUGGAGUGUAUGUCUGUGCAGCGAACAAACCAGGGACCCGCGUGAGGCGUACUGCACAGGGCCGACUGGUGGUCCAAGCACCUGCAGAGUUUGUACAGUACCCACAGUCCAUAUCCAGGCCAGUUGGAACCACAGCCAUUUUUAACUGCCUGGCUCAGGGAGAGCCAAUCCCACAACUUACUUGGCUGAAAAAUGGGGAAAUCCUCGCCCCCAGCGGACACAUCAAACUGAAAAACAACAACAAUACGCUUACAAUAAAUGGAAUUUCUCCGGAAGAUGAAGCAAUCUAUCAAUGCAUUGCUGAGAAUGACGCAGGAUCGACCCAGGCCAGUGCACGGUUAACUGUGCUGUGGGCAGAGGGACUUCCAGGACCCCCCCGGGAAGUGAAAGCCACAGCUCUGUCUGCGACAGCCAUUCAGGUGUCCUGGACUGAACCCUCUGAGAAUACGCGGGACAUUAUUGGCUACGUGUUGCACAUCAGAAAGACUGCAGACCCAGUUGAGAUGGAGUACCAGGAGGCUGUGAGCAAAACCACCUUGCAGCAAGUGGUAACUGAUCUGCAGCCAUCGACUGGCUACACUUUCUACAUAAAGGCUUACACGUCACGCGGUGCCAGCAAGCCAUCUGAGCCAGCUACCUGCAGCACACGGGGCGAAGUUCCAGCAGUGCCAGCUCUUUUCAUUAAAGUUUUGAACAGUACAGCCAUUCAGGCGGCAUGGGAAUCCAGCGUUAAGCUCGGGCAGCUCGAAGGGUUCAAGUUGUAUUAUCGCAGGAUUCAUGGAGCACACUUCAUCGGGCCUGUACUCCUUCCGAGCAAUGUGACAUCGUACAACAUAACUCAGUUGGAUCCAAUGAUUGCCUAUGAAGUGAAGCUUCUCGCAUUUAAUCGUCAUGGAGAUGGGAAUUCCACAGUCCGUUUUGUGGCUCUGCAAGGUGCUGCUGAGAGAUCUGGGGUUCUGAACACUCCUUGUGACUGUCUGAAAGAGGAACACAGCAGCAAAACAUCGACAACUGGCAUCAUCAUUGGAACCCACAUCGGUGUCACCUGCAUUAUCUUCUGUGUUCUAUUCCUGGUUUUUGGAUAUCGUGGGAGGUUGCUAAUGUGUAAAAAUGUUGAGGAGCGUCUGGCCACCCCUCAGGCUCCAUCCAGGGCCCAAAGAAAUUCACAAGGGCUGGUUCUGAAUGGUGGAAUGCAGAGGGGUCGGGAGGAGUUCGCUGCCAACAGGAAGAUGGCUGACAUGAAUGAAUUGGAGCGACUGUUCCCUGCGCCAGGUCCUAGUGACCACCUCCACAAGGGAAAUCAGUCUAAUAAUGUCUCCCCCAUAACUGAAGAACAGCCCAGUUUGAUCUGCCAGAACUCUGUGUUCCCGCUGGAUGAGUUUGUUGUGACUCAAGAACAGCACACUACCUUUGAAACCUCUGUUGUUCAAUGUUGCUUAGACCACCCUCAACUAAACGUUAAUCAGCUCAGCUUCACAGGAGCAAAAGACAGUAGUUCAGUCACCGCAGAGUGAAACUUUGAGGGAACCCAAGUCUCAUUGCCUCCCUGUAGGCUUGUGACUGGAACUCAUGUUGUUGAUAUUCAUCGUUUUCCUGUCAACUGGCAUCUACACUAGGCCUGUCAGUCUCAGGUCAGCUCAUGCAUUAUGGAUUUGGUGGAAAUGAAGUCUGUUUUGUAUCCUCAACAAACUCAGGCAUGUUGUAAUGAAGGUACUUCAACUGGUGUAGUUUAUCUAUGAAACUUAUCUAACGAGGAUGCAUUUCAGGCCCUCACAUGUCGGAUUUUCACCAUUUACAAACACAUAUCAUCAUGUUGUUGGCUGGCUGCAUGUUGGUCUUGCCUUCUAACCAUUUCUUUGAUGUAAACAGCUAUCAGCAUCAGUUUAGUAAGAUCCCAGCGGCUCUCUAUGCAGGGAUUCGAUGAAUUUCACAAUAUAUUCAUCUCCGGUCACAGGUUCCAUCGUUUCAGCUGUGGAUCCUCAACAGACACAGUGACUGCUGAGGCCUACGUGUAGAACGCUAAUGAGACUUGGGGAGAAAAAACACAACUCAAAGAAAAGUUUGAUGAUUGAAAACUACCUCAGCCGCAUUGAAUGUCUUCUAAGAAAACUGCUCAAAUUGGUAUCUUCCUUUCUGCAAAGUGAAAUCGCAUUUGGUCAGUACAGAUGCAGUACUACCUCAAGACCUCACUCAUCUGCCAUUUUCCCUGAAGAAGAGGAAAGAAAGCACUUCCAAAUAUAAAGAGAAACAUUCUACCUCAAAUUUUAUAGAACUCCAUUCUAUGUUGUGGGACUGUUUUCCCUCCAUUGGUGUA